AUGUCAGCAACAUCAGGUGAUGUGUCGCACAUACCUUCAAUGGACAUGCUCAAUGCGACGAGCAGAUUGCAGCUGGAAGCCGCUGAGGUGCGAAAUAAUAAACCCAAUUGGAACUCUUAUUUGAGGUGA